UGGAAACGAUCACAAGACUUUUUGCUUUACUGAAGAAUUCGAACCUUGAAUGUAUUCUCGGCUUCUUGCACCCCCUCUUCAUUACAGACAGUAAAGUUAACUUGCGUCUAUAUUCGAAGUCCGCGCAAAAAUAUUACUAAUUCUUUAACACUAUAAAUAAACUCCUGAGAAAUAUGUUCCAGAAUGGUUAUCAGGACCCCGUAUUUCAAAGAACAAUUCUGAUUGGUUCCUAGACAGUCAACUCGAGCAAAGUGUGCAUGCAACGAUGAUCUUGAUAGGUCGUUUCAUUUAGCGAUCAAUCGGAAACCUUUGUGUUACAGGGUCCUAGCUGGUGUACAUGUCCCUCCCCUUGAGCUGGACUCUUGCCUUCAAAGCUUGGGUCUUUUCCUUCCCUUUCAUAAUCAUUAAUAGCAUCAGGAUUGGCCUUUGUAGAGGCUCCCAUACCAAAUACACAUGGUGUACCUCCAAAGAAUGCGAUCGAAGAUGUAUUUCAUAUCAAAACUGAGGCGGAAUCCAUGAUACAUGCAUUCAACGGUGUUCCUUCGCCGAGAAGUUUUGAUUCCUACGGAGCUUUCAGUGUAAUUCCAGAAGAAUAUUUGGGACAGGAGUACUUCCUCGUUACGAUGACCGGUCAAUCCCCCGGAUAUGUCACCAUCUCGUCAAUGAACUCUUCAACUCGAGUGAACAUACGAUUCAAUGGCCCGGCUCAAGUUUAUAACGGAGGAAACUACGACCGCGGGGACGAGAAAGAAUUCUGCCUGGAACAGUGGAAGAAUAUUUUGAUCAGGAUCCUUACGAAUGAUUUCAGUGGAUCCCGCCUCCUGGCUGAUCAUCCAGUGUCUGUGGUUUGUGGGACACCUUGUGCCUUCUCACCCGGACACGAAACCUGGGAUCAAGAUUGCGACGCUGUCAUAGAGCAACUGACCCCGUUUGAUCGCUGGGGGACAGUAUUCAACGUUCCUUCGUUUCCAGGAGACGACGAGGACUUCUGCGUCAUGAUUGUCGCAGGAAGAAACGGCACCACCGUCACCAUGAACUUGGACACUGUGAUCACUGCGCUUCUCGACGAGGGAGAAACUGUCGUAGAAUGCACAAACCUCUCUCUGGCGCGUCUCACAAGCAAUAAACCGAUCGAAGUCGUUGCCUUGAAAACAGUGAACGCUGCCAUGGUAACUAUUCCUCCCGAGGAGCAAUACAUCAGUGGCGACACUUACAUCUAUGUCCCAGACGCCACAACGUAUGGCGUCUCGUCGGGCUUCAUCACGGUCGUAACGUCCUGUGAGUUCAAUGGAGUGUUCAAUGUCAUCAAGGUAUGGAAUGAUACCAGAGAAUCACAACUUGAGCUUAUGGAUGAAUUAAGGCAGCACAACGGAAUUUGUGCCCUAUAUUACGAUUUGGUAAUGGACGCAACCUACGAGAUCGUGGUCUCUGAUCGCAGUGUCUCCUACUUUGCUCUCGUGAACUCCUUCUGUGCUGGAACUGCAGGGUCGUCAGUUGGUGCCCAGGGAUUCAAACGACUGCGUUGUAUCGACUACGAUUCCAUGUUCACGGGAGAUAACGCUUGUCAUGAUAUAUACCGAUCGUCAUCAUUCAGAUUCUCCUCCAAGGGUAAUAGGAUCACGCAGGAACCCCAACAGGAACAUUUCACCCGUACCACCUUCAACUGCGCGAGCGCAUGCGCACAAGAACCCAACGCGAUUUGCAAGGCGUUCAGCUGGUCAAAGGUCACUGGCGCUUGCCGGUUGUAUGGAUCUUUCAACCCGGCAACAGAUAUCAGUCCGGAAACCGGCGGUUACAUCUAUACUGUGUGAUGUUCAUUACAUGCCUUGAAAAUGGGAUUUGAGAGACGAAGGGGGGGGGGGGGGGUGAGUAUAGGCCUACAGGACAAAAACGUAUAGGCCUAUAUACAGGUGUUAAUAAAAAUCGCCAUUGGGAGUAACAGACAAUCAAUAUUUCAGGCCCUUGAAGUAAAAUAAGUGUCAAUACAUCAACAAAUAACAAUAUGCAUUUGUAUCAUUAUGGUAAUACAUUAUAUUUAAAUCCUAUAUUGUGCAAUAUUUAUACAGCUUAUUUGUUUUCUUCGAGUAAUAUGACCAUGAUUUUUAAACCCAAAUUCACAAUGAUGAAAUGUAUUUAUUAAAAGACCACUCUGAUAAUACUAAAGCAGGAGACUCACCCGUAUUAUUAUUAUAAUUAUAGAUCAAUAGAGUGCAUAAACUAUUCAACAAAAGUGCAUUUUACUUUGUUGACAAAAAGUAUAUAUUAUACUACUUGUAUGCAUGUCACUCUUUCAAAAACAUUAAAUUUCAAUAAAUUUCUUAUUGUUAUUAGAAUUUGAAUGUGUUUUCCAUAUAUUUUAUUGUACAAAAAACUUAUUCUUACAUGUUACCUAUAUCUCCUUCAUCCAUAUCAUUCGUUGGAUUGUUUUGAUAGAUCAACUUACAAAGCCUUGCGAUUUUGUCAAAAUGAACCAGGCAAUGUGAAUUUAUAUGAAUCAGAAACCGUGUAAUCGUUUGAUGUCAAAGAUAUUCUUAAUUAUCAGACUGUUUCAGUGAUUAAAGAAUGAAAGGUGGACUGUUUGAAUCUAAUUAGUGCUUUUAUGGUGUAUAAUUCAUAACCUUGGUAAAGGAUACGAUCGGAAUAACAAAUCAUUCGUACAUAAUGAUUACGUUUGUCAACUUUUAAAUAGGAACAUGAUUGGUUAAAUUUGCAUCC